AUGUUUGCUCUGCGUUCUUCCGUAAAAAUGGGUCGCCGUUUGGUUGGAUCUCGUUCCAUAGCCUGUUUGUCUGCGCUUCCGGAUACACAUCAAAUGCUACAAAAGACCUGUCGCGAUUUUGCUGACAAUGAGCUGGUACCGAAUGCCGCCCGGUUCGAUCGGGACCAUCUAUACCCUGCGGAACAGAUUCGUAAGAUGGGCGAGCUAGGGCUGAUGGCAGUUGCGGUGAAAGAAGAGUAUAGUGGCACCGGUCUAGAUUAUCUCGCCUAUGCCAUCGCGAUGGAAGAGAUAUCCAGAGGGUGUGCUUCGGCGGGCGUUAUCAUGUCUGUAAACAAUUCGCUUUACCUCGGGCCCCUGACUCAAUUUGGAAACGAAGAGCAGCAGCAAAAGUUUGUCAUCGAUUACACUAAUGGAUCGCGUGUAGGAUGUUUUGCAUUGUCCGAACCAGGGAAUGGAUCCGAUGCUGGAGCUGCUACGACUACCGCUGUCCUUCAAGGGGAUCAUUGGGUUCUGAACGGUACAAAGUGUUGGAUCACGAAUGGAUACGAAGCGGGUGCCGCGGUUGUGUUUGCCACUACGGACAAGUCCCUUAAGCACAAGGGCAUCUCGGCGUUUAUCGUGCCCAAGGAUACGCCGGGAUUUUCACUUGGCAAAAAGGAGGACAAACUUGGCAUUCGAGGAUCGUCAACGUGUUCUCUGAUUUUUGAAGACUGCGCUAUUCCUAAGGAGAACCUUCUUGGAGAACCGGGAUUUGGGUUCAAGAUCGCCAUGCAAACGCUCGAUGCCGGUCGGAUCGGCAUCGCCAGUCAGGCGUUAGGCAUUGCCCAAGCCUCGCUUGAGUGUGCUGUCGAAUACGCCAACAAGCGCAUUGCAUUUGGGAAGCCCAUUUCGAAGCUACAAGCCAUACAGACGAAGAUAGCUGACAUGGCCACCCGAUUAGAGUCAGCUCGAUUGCUCACUUGGCGAGCGGCAUGGCUGAAAGACAACAAGAAACCCUACACGAAGGAGGCGGCUCAAGCGAAGCUCGCCGCCUCAGAAACGGCCACAUACUGUUCGCAUCAGGCCAUUCAAGUACUGGGUGGUAUGGGGUACGUUUCGGAUAUGCCCGCUGAGCGGCAUUACCGGGACGCGAGGAUCACGGAAAUCUACGAAGGAACGUCCGAAAUUCAACGGCUUGUCAUUGCCGGCGCCGUACUGAAAGAGUUGACAGCGUAAAUUGGAAGAUAAACGGUAACGACAGUCUG